ACAGUAUAGCCUUAGAUCUUUCACUUAUCGAUUUUACUUUUACAGCAACUCGCAGCUUUUCCUUUUGCUUUUGCUGUCAGUUGAUAAACAACUCCCCGAAUUUCAGAAGAAGCAACAUUGCUGCAACCAAAAAUUGGGAAAAGCAAAAGAAGAAUAUAAAAAUCAUCAGGCAGCAAUAUCAUGCUAUCAAAUUGGAAAAAAAGGAAAGUAAGAGUGGGCCAGCCACUCAUCCAAGAUUAUAUAUAUAUUUAUUGAUUUAUUGAUAUUCAAGUUACUCGCUGGAUAACGAUCGCGUCCAUUCUUUGAGCUCCGUGGCAUGUUGCAAUGAUAUGAUUGGAUUUUUUAGCUGAUUCAUGGAUGACAUAUUUAACAGUCUCUUGCGCUUGACAAGUUAUAUAAGUGAUCGAUUUAUUCAAUUCAUAGAGGAUCUGGUACUUAGAGAUGCAAUUAGAUGCAUUGAAAAUUUUGGGGUCACACCGACGAUCUCCUCUUCAGUAUGCUGUUCAAAUGGCUAUACCAUAAGCACAUCUUGGAAGCCACCUCAAUGUGGAAUUGGAAUCUGUGAAAAUAAUAGAGCCUCUUACAAUACAAGAGAACUGCUUGUAGAUACAAGAUCGUUAAUUGUACAUGCCAGUCAUAUCACUGCAAUUGUUCCUUCAAUUUGUUACAAAGGUUUGACACUCCCAUUAUAUGGAAUACAAUAUGCUUGGAAUUUGGGAAUGGCUUCUUUCCGAUAUUCUUUCUUGUGCAUUAGAUGUGCUCACGAUCAAGUUCAUAGACUUGUGUCUCGCGUGCGGAAAACCUUGCGCGGUUCCUAUGAUGAUAUUGGUUGGUUGCAGCAUGCUCCUGGAAUGCCUCCAGUACAGGAUGGAACUUCAAGAUUCUUGGAAUUACUUGCCGACAUAAGGGAUGGAGAGCACACACUGCCCAACUCAUUUGUUUAUCUGUUGAUUCCAGGCCUCUUUAGCAACCAUGGACCCUUGUAUUUUGUUGCCACUAAGAAGUUCUUUUCCAAGAUGGGUCUAGCUUGCCAUAUUGCAAAAGUUCAUAGUGAGGCAUCGGUAGAACACAAUGCCUUGGUACUCAAGCAAUACAUUGAGGAGAUUUAUUGGGGUUCGGGCAAGCCUGUCAUGUUACUAGGACACAGCAAGGGCGGGAUAGAUGCUGCGGCUGCUCUGUCGUUGUAUUGGUCGAAUCUGAAGAACAAAGUUGCUGGAUUGGCACUGGUACAGAGUCCAUAUGGUGGCACCCCUGUAGCUUCCGAUAUGCUCCGUGAAGGCCAGAUUGGAGACAAAGAAACCCGCAGGAUCAUGGAGCUUCUAAUUUGCAAAGUAAUCAAGGGUGACAUACGGGCACUGGAGGAUCUCACAUACGAGAAGCGAAAGGAAUUCAUCACGAAGCACGACUUGUCCCUAGAUAUUCCUCUCAUAUCCUUCCAUUCAGAAGCAAGGAUUGCACCUGGUGUUCUUGCCACCAUGACUCAGAUAGCUCAUGCAGAACUUCCGUGGCUCCCAUUGCCUAAAUCAGACCACUCCGACACCUGUCUCGUGUCCGGACGCCAAGUUCCAGUAAUGAUUCCUAUAUCUGCUGCCAUGGCUGUGUGUGCUCUCCACCUCCAGCUAAGGUAUGGAGAGAAGAGUGAUGGCCUUGUCACGUGCCGUGAUGCUCAAGUUCCAGGAUCGGUGGUUGUCAGACCAAACAUGAAGCUUGAUCAUGCAUGGAUGGUGUACUCUUCAAAGAAGAAAAAUCCUACUGAACCUGAUGCACGCGAAAUGUGUGAAGCUCUGUUAACUUUGCUUGUAGAGCUUCGUAACAUGAAAAACGGAUUGGAGCAACCUCUUUAAAGAGGUCUGGUUUAAGGUUUAUUGUGCAAUUCUACAAAUAAACUACAAAAUUCUGCACUUAUAUUCCGCAAUUGUGUACAAAUUCUGUAAUUUUGGAUUAAAGUGGUGUAAUUCUGCACUUAGUUAAUAAAAUUAUGCAAUUCUGCACUAAAAUUUUGUAAUUCUGCAUUAAUAUUCUGUAAUUCUGCACAAAUUUUGUAAUUCUGCGCUUAGUAAAUUAAAU